AUGGCGGUAGAUUGUGCCUCGAUUCGGUUCGGCGAGACGUCGGGGAACAUCGUCCCCAUUUUUCUGAAUGAACAUACGGUGGCGUUCACGGGUCGCACUACGCCGGAAACCUAUGGGGAACUUUUGCACUGGGAUGAUUUGCCGCCUGCUUUCGACUGGAUGCAUACUCAGCGCGAGGUUCAUCCCGGUCUGGGUCUCGUGGGUCUGGAGAUUCAGGAAAAGCUCUACAGUUUCCUGGUGAAAUGCUGCAUGCAAUUGUUGUGCGAGUACACCUGCAAAGACUUGCUCAAGGACGACCUGCCGGUUCAACCGGAGCCGCUAGCUAUGUCGACCGGGGGGGCCGGCCUCAAUCUUCUCGCGGUCGUGGCGGCCGAAGCUCUGUUUCGUCUACCCGCCAACCUAGACCUCAGCCCCUUGCGCGAGGACCCAGGCUAUUUUGCGGAGGCGCUGCAGGAUCGCAUGGAGCACCGCCUUGAGAAGUUGCUUGAUGUCCGCGGGCAGGCCCAUCCGGAGCUCAAGGCACCGGCCACUAAAAUGUGGGAUAGGGUCAUCGGCGAUGUUAUCUCGGAAGCCUACCUCCAUUUCGGCCCCCCAUCCUCAACAUCGGGAUUGCCGGCCUCACCGCCUGUGCGCCAGUUCUUCUACUGUGAUACGCCGCAGCAUCGCCAGGACAGCGUGUUCACGCGGUCGAAACUGGAAUGGGUGGCUGAUAAGCGCCGGGCCCGGCUCUCGUGGAUUUACGACACCCUCUGCCACGAGAACACCCGGUUCUUGGCUGGACUGCCCACGCUGAUGGACGAGAUGAAACGGCUCAUUCAGAAUGAGAAACACCUCUCGCUUUUCCAGCCCUGGGCCGCGCAGUUCGAGACGAUCAUCGCCGAGAAGGAGGACAACCUCCGCGACGACUACACCAAGAACAUCGACCAAUGGUCCAUGUUCAUCGAACCACUCGCAAAAGCCAAAUCCUCCGCCCUAGGCAGUCCUAUUGACAACCGAUUUCACUAUCCAGUCGACAAGCGCCGCACCCGCGACACCACGGCGGCGAUACAGAGCGCAGAGGCCGCACUCGAUCGGUUCUGGCGCUCCGUUGACUCGAUCUUUAUCACCAAGGACGGCCUCUCGCAGCACGGAAGCACCCGCCACCUCUUAACGCAGAACCGCAGUCUCCGCCGCACUCCAGACUGGGUGGAACCAGCCGCGAAGGAUGUCGAAUUCGAGUCCGACCCCUCCCUUGAGGGGCCCGCCCUCCCUCUGUCUCAGCUAUACUACGAGCUCGAACGUCGCACUCAACGCACCGUCAAGACUUGCGGGGCGGCAGCAACUCCUUCAUCCCCUGCCACCACCUCCACCACCGCCACGCUCACACCAUCUGAGCUUGAGGACCAGCAACCCACCUUCACCGUCGACAAGCGCGCCUACAAAGUCUUCAACACACUCUUCUACAUUCCCUCGCGCAAGUCGCAACCGGGCGAGAUCCCCUGGACGGAUUUCCUGCACGCGAUGAGCGCGACAGGGUUCGAGGUGGAGAAGCUAUUUGGGUCGAUUUGGCAAUUUACGCCGACGCGGUUGGAUGUGGAGCGGAGUAUCCAGUUCCCUGAGCCGCAUCCGAGUGGGAAGAUUCCGUUCCGGACGGCCAGGCGGCAUGCACGGCGGCUGUUCAGGGCGUAUGGGUGGCAUGCGGGGAUGCUCAAGUUGGAUGUUUAGGGUUGUCUAGCUAGGUGUUGGAUGG